CAGCACAUGUCCACCUGUCACUCACAUCAGUCUCUAUGUCGCCAUCGUGAAGACGAGCUGAGCGCAAAAAAGCGUGGACAGACUGGUCGUCAUGCCAACAGUCAAGGGCAGGAAGAGGAAGUCUAAGAAGGAAGUCAACAAUGGUGAUGGUGAAGUGGGCUGUGUGCAGGUAGGGACUGAGGAGUUGACCAAUCAGAACAGAGAAGCUGCAACGCCGGACUUCCUCGAUGCAGCGGCACCACAGAAGAAAAAGAAAAAGAAGAGGACGCCCACUAUUGAUCAGCAGGUGGAGCUUGUCGACACGCCAAAUGGAAACACGGCCGAAGCCGGGGUGGACGAGGAGGAAGCCGCGGUCGCUGUGACCAGACGGACCAAAAAGAAGAGGAAGACCAAAUACCCGGAGCAUCACAGCAACGACCUCGGAGCGGAAGAUGAUGACAUUGCGGCGGACGCCACCUCGCCCAUUCCCCAGCAUUCCUUGUUCUCCGCCCCUCAUGGAAACAGUCAACUCGUUGGCAGAGUCUUUGUGGAGAGGAACAGGCGUUUCCAGCCUGAGCGAGUGGAGCAGUUCCGACAUCCCGACCAGGUGGACGACUACUUGGAGCCCAGACAGAUGACGUGGACCACCAGAGACAUUGCCGUCAAGGUCCACAGCAGCUUCAGGGUUCUGGGCCUGUUCUGCCACGGCUUCCUGUCAGGCUACGCCAUAUGGAACGUGAGCGUGGUGUACGUCCUGGCGGGUGAGCACAUGUCCACGCUGGCCAACCUUCUACAGCAGUAUCACUCUCUGGCCUACAACGCGCAGUCGCUGCUCUACCUGCUGCUCGCCAUCAGCACCGUGUCUGCCUUCGACCGAGUCAACCUGGCCAAGGCCUCCAUGGCUCUGAGGGGCUUCAUCACGUUAGAUCCCGCUGCUCUCGCCUCCUUCUUGUACUUCAUAGCGUUGAUCCUUUCCCUCAGUCAGCAAAUGACCAGCGAUCGGAUUCACCUCUAUCCCACCGCCAACGAGACUCUGUGGCCUCGUGGAUCCGAGGAGCAGAUCUUGCGACCGUGGAUUGUAGUCAACCUGGUGGUGGCCGUACUGGUGGGCCUGGCCUGGGCCGUCAUCUCCACGCGGCCGGAUGUUGACUACACAGAAGACUUCUUGAUGUCCAUGGAGGUUGACAGCUAUCCCAGAGGCGAUGAGAAUGUGGACAUCCCAGCCUAAGAUCUUGUUUGAAAUCAAGAAUUCCCAGUAUAUAUUCAAAAUCUAUUUUUCACGGUAAUUCUUUUACAUUUUUUGUCCAUUGUAAUUUUGUAAAUUUAAGAAAUAAAGUAGCAAAUUGUUGUGCCA